AUGCCGCAAUACAUAUUUUCGAUUAUUGAUCUCGUAGGCCUAACUUCGAGAAGACCCAACGUGUUAUUUAUCGUCAUAGAUGAUCUACAGCCAUCACUUGGAUGCUAUGGGGGUCCGAUCAUAUCACCAAAUAUCGAUCAACUAGCAGCUCAGUCAGCCGUCUUUACUAACGCUAUGGUACAGCAAGCGGUGUGUGCCCCCAGCCGGACAUCUUUUCUGACAGGACGACGUCCCGACACAACUCGCCUGUAUGACUUCGGUUCUUACUGGAGAACGCACGCCGGAAACUACACAACCAUACCGCAGCACUUCAAAGACAACGGCUACAUCACACUUUCAGUUGGAAAAGUUUUCCAUCCAGGUGCACCUAGUGGAAUGACUGACGACUAUCCAUAUAGCUGGACCCUUCCAGCAUACCAACCUUCCACACAAAGCUACUCGGAUGCAAAGGUGUGUCCCGGUAUAGACGGCAACCUAUACGACAAUGCGAUGUGCCCGGUUGAUGUGGAUAAGAUGCCAGAGAAGACUCUACCAGACCUACAGACACUUGAAAUCACUGAAAAUCUCAUCAAGAUACUCUCUCCAAAACCUAAACGUAUCAAAAGGCAGGAUGCUGCCCUUUAUUCUAAGCUUGAAGCGGCUUUGCAUCCACAUGGAUCGACAUCAAGACGAAGCAAGAGAGCUCCGGUGGUGAAACUACCCUUCUUUCUGGCCGUCGGAUUCAGGAAGCCGCACUUACCGUGGAAGUAUCCCAAGGAUUUCCAAAAUUUGUACCCGCUCGAAUCGGUAAAGAUCGCUCCCGACCCGAACAUUCCCGAAAACCUACCGACCGUGGCAUGGGAAACUUUCAAACAACUCAGAGAAAGAGAUGACAUUAAAGCAUUAAAUCUUAGCUUUCCAUUCGGGACCAUUCCUUUGGAAUACCAUGCCUCGAUGCGGCAGAAUUAUUACGCAGCUACAAGUUUUACCGACUAUCUAGUUGGGAGGCUCCUACAGGCGCUCGAAGACUGGGGACAUGAGAAAAAUACAAUUAUCUCUAUCGUAGGGGAUCAUGGUUACCAGCUAGGAGAUCACGGGGAAUGGUGCAAGACCUCUAAUUACCAUCUAGCCACAAGGGCACCACUAAUACUUCAUGUGCCAGGGGUAACAGAUAGGGAUUCUUUUGCUUCAAGGAAGUUUCCCCUCAUCGACCCACUGUCACCUUCUUUCCAAAGUAAUCUUUAUGGAAACAGAAUAAAAGAAGCCACUUUGGGAACUGGUAAAAGCUCUUCCAUAGAACAUCACCAGACUAUUAACAAAAUUGAUUCUCGUUUCGAUGGCAACAAUUUGAAAGUUCCAAAGAACAUUGAGAACCAGACAAGAAAUGAAGAGUUCAAAUCGGCGAAAUCUUUCCGACUUGAUACAGGAAGGCGGAAAUUACUAUCGCAGAACAAAAUUGAUGAGUUUGUAGAGUUCGUUGAUUUGUUUCCUACUUUAGCCAACCUGGCAGGCCUUCCAGUGCCGCCUCUUUGCCCUCCAAACCCUUUCAACGUGACAUUCUGUUCUGAAGGAUACAGCUUCGCACCACUUCUCCAAAAAGUGGCAUACCUGAAUAACAGAGAUAUUGAUCAUGAGCGCCACGAACGCUGUCAAGACGUUACCUCUAUGAAUUUCUCUAGAUGGAAAAACGCAACUUUCAGUCAAUACCCUCGGCCUAGCAUUUACCCUACUAAGAAGACCGACUUGCCACCUCUGGACUUAAUCAAGAUUAUGGGAUACUCGAUGAGGACAGAGAGAUACCACUACACGGAAUGGAUCGGUUUUGAUCAUAUCACCUUUCAAGGGAACUGGUCCGAUGUGAAAGCAAGAGAAUUGUACCUGAACGAUGGAGAUCCACGUCAAGAUAAUAACGUUGCUAAUGAGAAAUGUUAUCAUGAUUUGAUUGAAAACUUGAGUCUUCAGUUGAGGAGGGGAUGGAGAGAUAGUCUUCCAGUUUUUAGGACCGGAAGCUGACAUGAUUUAAGUACAGUUUGUGGCUCUUAAGAUCACUGUAUGUUAUCUGGUUAUUGUGAGUUGAAAACUAAUACAUCUAGCUCUUUCUUCUAAUCAACAGUGCUCUAACUGUAUGGGAUAUUUUGAUGAACUUAAGUUUAUUUUCAUUACUAAUAUUACAACCAUUCAGGAAAAUAUGUGGGACCCAAAUGGGAUUUAUCUGGGCAACGAUCUGGCCCCACAUGUGCCACUCAUAUGGGAAUGUACGGGCCCAAUUAUGAUCCAUAUGGGUCAAGUGAGAUUACGUAGGUAAACUCUGGGCAUGCCAUCUUAAAUCCUACAUGGCCAAUCUGGACCCCCCCCGGCGACACAGAACUGUGUUUCUAUAUGGGUCCCAUUUGAUCCAUAUGGGUUAAUAAUUAUGGGGACUUCGUGGUCAAUCUGAAGGACGUGGGUUCGAUUCAAAGCCAUGGCGUGUUUUCUUAAUUCAGCAAGAAAUUGACCCACAUUAAG